AUGGCUUCAACUGAACGUGAACCAUCGCCAAAAAGAACUUCAACAGCUGAUUCCCCAUUGAACACAAAACAACGGCAGAAUCAGGAUCCAUACAUAGCAAAACCACCUGGAACACGUUUUCCUACAUUAACUCGAUCUGCUAGUAUCUCUCGUCUUAAUAAAUUAUAUCGUUGUCCAGAGACACCACCACCUGAAGUACAUUUUGAUCGAGAACAAAGUUUUGUACUUGACUGUAAAGCUGUUUCACAUAUUUCCAAUGAUUAUUCAACAGCUAAUCCAAAAUUAGGUUCCGUUAUUCCACCAUAUAACUCACAGAUAGAUCAACAUACUGAAAGUUAUUUUAAAUUUUUCGGAGUACCUAAAACAUUAGAAAAAACUGGUCAAGCAGCUGCUCAAGAAUCGAUUGCUGGCCGUGUUCAUGAUCGCUUUCAUACGAGUGGACAUGGUUUUCGAUAUUUGUCACUUCGAAAUAAAUUUGGUUCAGGACAUUCACUGGAAGACGUUCGUGGACAUGAUUUAUUUUUAAGUGAUCCUAAACCUAUAACUAACUAUAACGGACUUUUCGGUUAUCGCCGAAAUACUCCAUCACUACGAAGACAACCAUCAAUCGGUACAACAACAAUUGAAAAACGAGGCAUUAUACCAUUUGGUCGUUUUUCGGUUAUUGGUUGUGGUAAAUCCUAUUCAUUCAAUUGUCAAUGUAAAUUUGAUCGGCCAUGUCGAUGUCACAACCAAGAUAAACUUUGCCCAUGUGUUAAAGCAUAA